AACAAAACACCCCGGAUCCGAACUCACCAAGCUCCCAUCCCUUAAAGGCUUCUCGUCAGAGGAACUACGUCGACAACACCAACCACCGCAGCAAUGUCUCAAACCGCCGCCAACUCCGGCGGCAUCUCCACCGACGGCCUGCCCCUCGUCCCCUCCAUCUCUCUCAAAACCAUCCCCAUGGCCGGCCUCCUCGUCGACGUCUACGGCCUCGACGAGCUUUCCGCCAACGUAUCCCGCGUCUCCUGUCUGUGGCUGCACCACCAACGGACGCGGAACAAGGAGCACAUGCGGGAGAUUGCGGCGCGGUGUGUUGGUGCUUGGAACGAAUCUACUGGAAGUGAGAAGGAUAGUAGAGGGUUGAUCGCCUUGGCCUACGACCAACGAAACCACGGGACGAGAUUGGUGCAUGAUCCGGCGAACGGAGCGUGGAGGGAGGGAAACAAGACGCAUGCGCAGGAUAUGUUGGGGGGGAUUGUGGGGAUGGUGGGGGAUCAGAGGGUUUUGUUGGAUGUCGUGGAGUCAUAUCUCUUCCAUGACAGCGGAGAGGAAGAAGGGAAGCAGAGAAAGGUGAUUGACCACCACCUUGCCUUGGGCGUCUCCCUCGGAGGACACAGCGUGUGGCAGCUUAUGUUUGCGGACCCGAGAGUGCGCGCUGGCGUGGCGGUUAUUGGGUGCCCUGAUUUUAUGAACCUCAUCACCGACCGCGCCCGUCUCUCAAAGCUAUCAACUUACUCUGCCGACACCGGUGCCGCCACCUUCCUGGGGAGCAAGGACUUCCCUCCUUCCUUGGUCGCGGCCGCCUGCAAGACGGACCCGAAGGGAAUCCUGUUUGGCACCUCCCCUAUUCCCUCAUCCCCGGCUUCAGCAUCGCCAUCUUCCUCCCCAAGCUCAGCAGACGAGGAUGAACGUCAAAGAAGGCAGAUUCUCCUUGAACGUCUUCAGGGGAAGCAGUUCCUCCUUUGUAAUGGCGCAGAAGACAAGCUCGUGCCCCCUCGGUGCGGUGAGGCGUUCACGAGGUGGUUUAAGGAGGCCGUGGAUAAGUAUAAGGAGGCGAGGAUCUCGGUGGAUGAGAGGACCUAUGCGGGAGUUGGGCACACCUUCAGCGUGGGCAUGGUCAAGGACGCGGUUGAAUGGGUGAAGGAGGUGGUUAAGAGUGCUGAUGCGGAUAUAACUGCUCAGGCAAGGAAUGGGAAGUCGAAGAUCUGAAUGUUCGGUCAUUCACAGAAGUGGAUGUCACCAGCUCUAGAAAUACAAGUCCCACAGACUAUCUUAAUGAACCACGCAAUCACGACACCGUCCAUCACCUCGCCCAAGGCCUCGGCUUCUCCCCAUCAACCAAC